UGAUAAUUUAAGUGCAAACUUUUCUAUUAUUUUUUAGAAGUAUCCGAAGGGUUUUCAUCAUCCUUCUAUAAAAGCCAAUGUGCUAAACACAACAAUUCUGCAAAUCCUAUUAGUUAUUUUCUUGGUUCCCUAGCUAGCAGACGAAGUAAAACUAUGGCUCAAAUUAGGAAGAUGGAUUGCCAAGUAGUGAUCAAGUCCUCAGCUGACGAGUUCUACAACGCCUUCCGCAGCAAACCCCAAUUUCUACCAAAGAUGUCCAAUGGAUUAAUAAAAGAUGUGAAACUUCUUCAGGGUGAUUGGAAUUCCGUUGGCGCUGUCAGACUAUGGUCUUACGCUUCCGAAGGUAAGCCUCAGAUGGUUAAAGAGAUAUUCGAGAAGGUGAACGAAAAAAGUAAGACGAUGGUUUACAAACUUGUUGAGGGUGAUCUCCUGAAUUCUUAUAAUAGCUGGAGGAACAUCAUUACCAUCACGCCAGUGGGUGAGAGAAGCAUGGUGAAAUGGACCAUGGAAUUCGAAAAGCAAAACGAGGACAUCCCUGACCCUGUGGGGUACGCAGACAGCUUGAUCGCCUUGACCAAGAAUAUCGAUGCAUAUCUUCUUAAUGUCUAAUUAAACUUCAUUUGGAAAAGGGAAUAUUAAAGAUAACCGCUGUAUUGAAAUUAUGUGUAGGUCUUUAAAUUAAAAAGAAAAAGACACAUAUUAGUGUAUGAUGAUUUAUAUGUGUCAUUGUUAACUAAUUAAUCAUCACAGUAAAAGGUCUUAGAUAUAUGUAUAAUAAAUCCGCUUCUGAUGUUGAUUUAUACGUAUUAUUGUUCUUGGUGAAAGUAUAUGGUUGUUUAGAGAUAACCA